GUUUUACUAUUGCCGGAGGAGUCUUUGGUGUUUACUUAUAUUCCAUCUUCGCAGUAAAGCAGGAGACAUUCCUUGACGAUUUUGACGAACCAGUAAAAGUACAGCAAUAAUGGCUGCAGCCAAAAAAGCUCUUCAAAUAAGAUUGCCUCCUCUGCCGAGUAUAAAAGAUGUUAUUCGUUUGUACAAAUUGCGUGCUCUUAGAGAAUUAUCACAAAAUUUUCUUAUGGAACCUCGUUUGAUUGACAAGAUAGUGCGUGCAGCUGGCAACAUCGAAAAUCAUGUGGUGUGCGAAGUGGGGCCCGGCCCUGGCGGAAUUACCAGGUCGAUAGUGCACCAAGCUCCGCGGAAGCUAAUUCUAAUCGAGAAAGACCGACGUUUCGUUCCAACCCUAGAACUCGUAGCCGACGCGUGUCGAAAUAAGAUCGAUGUCGACAUUAUUACUGGUGAUAUUUUGAAAACAGACAUGACUCAGUACAUACCAUCAGACGCAAAGGUUGGUUGGACUGACCCACCCCCUCCACUCCAUCUCAUAGGCAACUUGCCAUUCAGUGUGUCUACAAUAUUGAUUAUAAGGUGGCUAGAAAUGAUAUCAAAACAACAGGGGCCGUGGGCAUUUGGUCGAGCCAGAAUGACACUGACUUUUCAAAAAGAAGUAGCAGAGAGAAUGGCAGCACCCAUUUUAAACGACCAGCGCUGCAGGCUUUCAGUCAUGUGCCAGACUUGGUGUAAUGUGAAGUACAAGUUUGAUAUAUCUGGACAGGCUUUUGUACCAAAGCCAGAUGUUGAUGUAGGUGUGGUGACACUGACUCCUCACAAAACUCCCAUAAUCAAGCUGCCAUUUAAACUUGUUGAGAAAGUUGUUCGUCAAAUAUUUUCAAUGAGGAGAAAAUAUUCAAUCAGAGGAGCUCAGACUCUGUUUCCAGAGGAUGUGAGGGAAGACAUGGCUUUAAGAAUGUACAAUAUGGCAGAUAUAGACCCUGUGACUCGGCCUUACCAAAUCACAAAUAUGGAAUUUGCCAGAAUAUGUGAGGCGUACAAUGAAAUAAUUAAGAAACAUCCCGAGCUUGAGAGCUAUGAUUACAGAGCACCGAAAAAUAAACCUAGUUAUGUUGCAGAGGAAAAGAAUGAAGAUGCAUACAAUGAACUUUAAGUUAUAGUUUGUAGGUAGAUGUAUUUAAUAAAAGUUGUUUAGUUUCAAAA